AUGACGAACAGACAAAAUUGUGUCGCCAAUACUAGCGUAACAGGUGCAGCACUAGGAUUGCAUAAGAAUUCUCAGAUGAUAUCCAAAGUGAAGCCCAAAAUUCGCAUAAUUCACAUAUUUGCACCGGAGAUCAUCAAGACCGACGUCGCGAAUUUCCGGGAAUUGGUGCAAAGGCUCACUGGAAAGCCCACAGAGAACAAAAACGGCAGUUGCACCAAGAAAAAGUUACCAAGAAUUGUUCCCUCCAACAAAAUUGAGGCAUCAAGAAAUACUUCCUGCAGUACUUUGCCCCAGCAUCACAUGAUUCACAGGCCACUGGCGAAGAAAAUGGAACUAAGAAGCGGUUUCCACUGUGCCAGCUUCAGAGAAAGGAUUAAGGGUGAAGAAGAAAUAUGGAGAGGUGCAAAUUCUGGUGGAGGUUUCUUAGGUGGUUUUGCUGAGUUGGAGGGCUUCAUGGAACAGCUCAACCAUGAGUUUCCAUUGCUUCCUGCUAUGCCCAUGGAAGCUUCUCAUAUGGAUGCUUAUGGACAAUCCCAGCUUGCUUAA